AUGUCGAACAUGGAACAGAAGGCCAUGAAGAAAAGUGCCAAGCGCCCGAGAGUAGAUGAGACCCUCCCACCCGAUGACUCCAAGAACCCAGAUGCAGUCAACCCUGCAGACAAUCUAGCAGUUGGUACCAGUGGGAUGGGCAGCCAUUCUCAAGGAUCAGACAUGCAAGAGGCCAGGGGAAAUGUUGUAGCUGUCACCCAGGCUGUGGGGAGAGAUUCCUGCUUCCUGCUUCCUGCAUUGCUGAAGAGUGUCACUAGAGAUGAUGGGCAAGCAGAUAAAUCUCUGCUCUUUAACUACUGCAGGAGUGGUGAUGCUACCAGAUUUCUUAUGGAAAAGAGGAAGCAGUUUGAAAAGGAUNUAAAUGCCUCUUUCAGAAGCCUGAAUGAAAACCUCCAGAGUAUUUUGACAGCUCAGCAGAAGUCAAGGCAGGAGCUUAUGUCUGUGUACUGUGAAAUGUUUGGGUCCCAGUACCAGAAGUGGCUGGAUGAGGUGGACAGCACAAGGGACCAAGAAGAAUACGUCAGUUUUAUAACCCAGCAGCAAAUGAAGAUUUUACAGACACCUAUAGAGGACCAUGAAACCAAGCUUGAAAACGCUAAAGAUAUGUGUGACACAUUUUUGAAGAAAGCCAACGACUUGAGUAAACAUCGCAAAACCUUUAUUGGUGGUCAGCAUUCUAAUGUGGAGAAGGAAAUCUCCAAGGUGCAGGACAGAGUUAUCAUGGAAACUCAAGAGCAAGAUGUAUCCAUUGUUGAAUCAUACCUUCAGUCCCUGAUCCUAGAGCGCUCUGAAGAAACCAUCUGA